AUGGCCACCACCGCGCAGUACCUGCCGCGGGGCCCCGGCGGCGGAGCCGGGGGCACAGGACCGCUUAUGCACCCGGACGCCGCGGCGGCAGCUGCGGCGGCGGCGGCCGCCGAGCGGCUGCACGCGGGGGCCGCGUACCGCGAAGUGCAGAAGCUGAUGCACCACGAGUGGCUGGGCGCGGGCGCGGGCCACCCUGUGGGCCUAGCGCACCCCCAGUGGCUACCCACGGGAGGAGGCGGCGGCGGCGACUGGGCCGGGGGCCCGCACCUGGAACACGGCAAGGCGGGCGGCGGCAGUACCGGCCGAGCCGACGACGGCGGCGGCGGCGGAGGAGGUUUCCACGCGCGCCUGGUGCAUCAGGGGGCGGCCCACGCGGGCGCGGCAUGGGCACAGGGCGGCACGGCGCACCACUUGGGCCCGGCCAUGUCGCCGUCCCCAGGAGCUGGCGGGGGCCACCAGCCCCAGCCGCUCGGGCUGUACGCGCAGGCGGCCUACCCGGGGGGCGGCGGCGGCGGCCUGGCCGGGAUGCUGGCGGCGGGCGGCGGCGGCGCGGGGCCCGGCCUGCACCACGCGCUGCACGAGGACGGCCACGAGGCGCAGCUGGAGCCGUCGCCUCCGCCGCACCUGGGCGCCCACGGACACGCACACGGACAUGCACACGCGGGCGGCCUGCACGCGGCGGCGGCGCACCUGCACCCAGGCGCGGGCGGCGGUGGCUCGUCGGUGGGCGAGCACUCGGACGAGGACGCGCCCAGUUCGGACGACCUGGAGCAGUUCGCCAAGCAGUUCAAGCAGCGGCGCAUCAAGCUGGGCUUCACGCAGGCCGAUGUGGGGCUGGCGCUGGGCACGCUGUACGGUAACGUGUUCUCGCAGACCACCAUCUGCCGCUUCGAGGCCCUGCAGCUGAGCUUCAAGAACAUGUGCAAGCUCAAGCCGCUGCUCAACAAGUGGCUGGAGGAGACCGACUCGUCCAGCGGCAGCCCCACCAACCUGGACAAGAUCGCGGCGCAGGGCCGCAAGCGCAAGAAGCGCACGUCCAUCGAGGUGGGGGUCAAAGGCGCACUCGAGAGCCACUUUCUCAAGUGCCCCAAGCCCUCGGCGCACGAGAUCACCGGCCUGGCUGACAGCCUGCAGCUGGAGAAGGAGGUGGUGCGCGUCUGGUUCUGCAACCGGCGGCAGAAGGAGAAGCGCAUGACCCCGGCGGCCGGGGCCGGCCACCCGCCCAUGGACGACGUUUACGCACCGGGCGAGCUGGGGCCGGGCGGGGGCGGUGCGUCGCCGCCCUCGGCGCCCCCGCCGCCCCCGCCGGCCGCACUGCACCACCACCACCACCACACACUGCCCGGCUCGGUGCAGUGA